AUGCUUAGUAUAAAUCUAUUAUGUACCAAUAACUAUAGAAUCAAAUUAGAAAAUAUUAGUAAAGACACCAGUAUAGAUAGUUUAAAGAUUCAAUUAUUUAGAGAAUACUCUGAUAAACUACCAAUUCCAUCAAAUGUGUUUAUUGAAAAUGAAAGUGAAGACAAAACCGAUCCAUCAAUAACUACCUCUACGGAUACCCCCAUAGGCACCAUUAAGGAGCAAGAUAAUUAUUACCAAAAGUCAUAUUCAUCAAUAAUUCAUCAACAUCAAAUUAGAUUAAUUUUUUCCGGUAAACAAUUAGAAAACUUUUCCACUUUGGCUGAUAACUCUAUCGAAAAUGGAGAUACUAUUCUAGUCGCAAUUUCACCCAUCAUCUCUAAUUAUACCCUCGAAUAUGAUCAAAUGGUAGCUGAAAAAAAUAGAGGUCCAGAGUCAAGUGAUACUGUAUUUUUAGGUAUUCCAAGGAAAUCAAUUUUCGAUUUAGAUAAAGAACAAGAAAAACCAAUUUUCAAAUUAUCAGUUAAUGACCGUUCAUAUAGACAACAACUUCGUCAAAAAAAAGAAAAUAAUAAUUUAGAAGUCCUUAGUCCACAAGAUACAUUUAAAUUAUUAAAUAGAAUAGAAGAUAAAGAAAAACAACAACAUCCACUUAACUCUGCCAAAGAUGUUUUAUUACUUCCAAUCGAUGAUGUCAAUAACAAAAACUAUAGAAAAGAGGAUAUCCAAUCAUUAGAAACAUCACUUGAUAGAUUAUCACUUCAUGAUAUUCCAACUAAAAAAACUGAUGCCCCCUCUUCCGAGCAAAAGCCAGUUAAAUUAAAUAUUCAAACAUUUACACCAAUUAAUGAAGUUUCUUAUUGCAAGUUUAUCAAAAUUAUUUUUAACAAACCAUUCUUGCCAGUAACAAAUAACCUUGAAAAAUAUGAAAUUCCAAUUAAAGUUGAACCAGACUUGCCAAACGGUAAAUGGUUUACCAUUGAUGGACUGGUAUUCGAGUAUAAGUGCCCAAACCCCGAUGUAACUUCACUCAUUAAUAUUUUACCAUUCCCAUUGUCGACAGCCUUUAAUGUUACAAUUGACUCAAAAAAAUUCAAAUCACUUUAUAAUCAAGAAAUCGAAGAAAAGACAUAUAGUUUUCGAACAACUGCUCAAUCAAUUUGUCAUACAGAGUAUAAUAACUCAUUGGACAACCCACAAAUCAGAAUCGUUUUUAACCAACCAUUUAAACUCAUAACCUCAAAUUAUGAAGAUGUUUUUAAUGCAGAAAUAGAAGAAUUAUCCCUUUAUAGAAAAAGUGACCUUCAAUUUAAAGUAUUGUCAAACAACGAUCCUGAAAACUUUUUUGCAAAGAUUAUUCAAGUAAAUCGAGAAAAUGAAAAAACAAUAGUUAUGAAAAUAACAUCAAACAUCAAAGGCUACUAUUCCCGAAAAAUUCAUUUAUGUUCGUAUAUGUCAUAUGUAGGUUCAACUGAAGGCCCAUUAUUUAGCAAUAAAAUUGAAAAAUUCCAAUUCAAUACCUUGGCCCAUUUUAAAAUUACUCCUGCCAAUAUGGAAAAAGAUGAGCUAUCAGCUUUAUCACAUAUCAGAUUCAAUACAACAUGCAAAGCAAAGUUUUUUGAUAUAAUCAAAGCAAAAGAAACAAAUACUUUAAGUGACUUUAUUACAUUUAAACCACCAGUCAACAUUGAAGAAAUUAAAAUUGGUGAUAAAUAUAUUAAUAUUUUUGCCAAAUUUAAACCAUUAACAACCUACAAAGUCAAUAUUUACAAUUUCCAAGAUUAUCUUUCAAAACAAACUGCAUCAUCUUCUGGUACUUUUUCAUUCCCAGACCAUAAACAAAAAAUUUCCAUUUCCAAUACUCCAACUGGGUUCUUUUUAGUAAGUCGAAACAUUUUUAACUUAGAUCCAUCAUAUAGACCAACAAUUAAUAUCAAUACAUUCGGUGUUUCAAAACUUCUUGUCAGUGCAUAUACAGUGGAUAGCUUUAAACUUUCCAAAGUAAAGAAAGUUGAUAACAUUACAGUUCCAGUACUUAGAAAAAAAACAAAGGUUGGACAUGUCGAAUAUGAGGAAGAAUGCACAACCAAAACAAAUAUUGACCUAUCAGAUUUUUUUGGAACUACAUCAACUGCAAAUAAAGGAAGACAUUCAAUUUUAUUGUUCAAAUUUAAACCAGAAAAUAACACCGAAGAAAAACUUAUAGUUUUAUUACAGUAUUCACCAUUAGUAGUAAGCCACUUUGAAAUUGGUAGGGAAUUUUCAUUAAUAGUAUCAGAUAUAAAUUCAAGUAAAUCGAUCGAUGGCAAUGACCUUUCAGUUUCUCUUUAUAAUGUAUUUAAUACUCGAUCAUUAAAGGCAAACUAUAAGGAAAAAAAUGUAUUUGAAAAAAGUGCGGGUUUUCAAUCAAACCAUAUGAUUAUAGAAACAAAAUGUGGUAAAUCUUUAGUAUACCCACAUCAAAUUGAUCAACCAAGCAACAAGUACGAAUAUAAGUGGAGUGUUAUCAAUAGUUCAGGCGUAUAUAGACCAGGAAAUGUCAUAAACGUCAAGGGUUUGGUCCGUUUGCUUUGUUAUGAUGAAAAUAAAGUUUUAAUUAUUCCAUCGUUCAAUUAUUUAAAAUCAAACAAAUUAUUAUCGUCAAACAUCAAAACAGAAAAACAACUUUACAUGGUAGACUAUAAGAUUAGCGAUGGUAAAAAAGAGUUAUUCUCUGGUAGUGCUCCAAUGGACCCAACACAUGGAAGCUUCGAACUAAACUAUGAAAUUCCAAUUAACUGCAAUCUUGGUUCAUUUACCAUUGCCCUUAAUUUCAACAAUUCUGGACACAAACAUCAUUUCUCUGUAGAAGAAUUUAAAAAGAAGCAAUUCCUCCUCGAAUCAUCUCUCUAUACCAAUACUAUCAGUGGUGACUCAAAUUUAAUAGGUUUUGGUGAAACUGAAGAUCCAUUUUCAAUUGAAGUUUUGGCAAAAUCAUAUACAGGUGAAAUACUUCCAGAUACAAUGGUAGAAUGGACUAUCCAAAUUGAGCCAACUUUAGAUACAUUCUCAGAGUACUCCAACUAUAGAUUUAACAACAACAAUUUAGAUAAAAAUAUAGAGCCAUUCAAAUAUACUGGUAAACGAAAUAGUAGUGGUAAACAUCGUCUUGAUAUGAUCCUCCAAUCAAUGUACUCAUGCAAUGUUAGAGUCCAAGCAACCGUCAUUGAUAUUACAAAUAACAGAGAAGUGAUCAAUAAUAAUUUCACUAUAAAAUCAGAUGGAUAUAAACGUUUUGGUGUUUCAAAAGAUUUGAAGUCAAUUAUAAAUAUUGAUGAAGAUUUGGCAUUGGAUUUAAUAGUAUGUGAUUCAAAAGGCUCAGGGGUAAACGAAGGUUCAAUUAAUAUUACAAUUGAAAGAGCUUCAUGGGAUAAUAAUUCUAAUUGCGAACGAAUUCUCAACCAUACAAUUUUACCAGAAAACAAAACACUAAUCAAUUAUAACCAUAAAUUUAAAAAUCAAGGCCAUUACCUAGUAACAUUGGUUUAUAGUAAUGGGGAGACUCAAAGUGAUCAACUUUUUACAUUUGAUAUAUAUGUAUUGGGAACCCAAACUCAAAUAGAAAAGGAUUACUUGGGAACCAAUUCAUUAAAAGAUGCAAAUCUUUUAAAAAAGACUCACGACUCAAAAAUACCCAUCAACUUACAGUGUACAUUAAACAAAUCAAAAUAUAAACUAAAUGAACAGGCUCUGCUCUUAAUCACAAGUAAACUAUUAAAUGCAAAUGGUUUUGUAUUUUUCAUUAAAGGUGGAAUUACAGUAGGAAAAUAUCCAAUUCAAAUCUCAAAUGGACAAGUUGAAUUUAAAUUCCAAGUACAAGAACAAUAUCUUUUUGAUACUUCUAUUUUUGUAUAUUUGCAAGGCUUCCUUUCUACAAAUACUAAUGGUGUUACCAUUCCAAGACUAUCAAAUGGAUACCAACUCAUUGAUCUCAAAGUUAGCUAUAAGGAAAUAAAAGAUUUAAAGAUAGAACUAUUAGACUUAAAGAAAUUCCAAACCCCAUCACAAGAAUCAUCAAUAACUGUUAAAGUUUGCGACCCAACAAACGGUUUACCAUUAACAAAUGCUCAAGUUACUAUGGCAAUUGUAGACAAAGCAAUUUUGGAUCUUAGAAACCAUUCUUUUGAAAAUCCAUUGGCUUCCAUCUACUUAAAUUCAAAUAGCUUUGUUCCCAAUUCAGGCUCAACUUUAAACAAUACACUAUUUAAAUUAGCUGAAGAUAUCAUUAGCAAUAAAGACUCUGAAGAAAAUGAUAUAAUGGAUCAAGAUUUUGAAAUUUUAAUCAGAUACUUUAGUGGAAGAACCAUUACUUGUAAAGUUUCACCCUCAACCACCAUACCAAUGAUUAAAGAGAUGGUCAAGCAAAGAGAUGGAUUACCAGAUCAUAAUCAACGUUUAUUCUUUUUAAAUAAACAACUCGACCAAGGUACAGUCAAAGAUAACUUAAUCAAACCAGGCUCUGUAUUAAAUUUGGUCAUUAGGUUAUAUGGAGGAGGUGAUGACGCUAAAGAAAUUGAAUUAGAUCAAGAAACUCAAGCAAUUAGACUUCGUGAUAAUUUUAAUCCAUUGGUUCUUUUCUCCACUCUUACCACCGAUAAAAAUGGUUACGCAAUCUUUAACUACAAACUUCCAGAUAGUUUAACACUCUAUAAAGUUAUGGUAUUUGCUUCUUAUGACAGUGGAUUAUUCGGUACAUGCUCUGAUGUCUUUACAUCAAAAUUACCAAUUCAAGUUAGACCAUCACCACCACGUUUCUUGAACCAUAAUGAUAUUGCAACAUUCCCAGUUACAAUUUCAAAUGUUUUGGAUUUUGAUCUAUCAUUUGAAGGUGCAUUUAGAAGUGAAAACUGUAAGAUAUUAGGUCAUCAAGGUUACAAAUGUAAAUUACCAGCAAACUCUCGAAUUGUUUUCCCAUGCAAGAUUAAAGCAAUAGUCCCAAAUAGCAUAUCACAUUUCCAAUUUGUUGCAAAAACAGUAUUAGAUUCCAUGAACCCAGAACUAUGUGACGCUGUAGCGUUUGAAAUUCCAAUUCAUUCAGCCUCAACAUUAGAAUCCACAACCAUCAACAACACAUUAGAUUACAAUAGUCUAUUUUCCAAUUUCCUUAGCUUCCUUGGUGCACCAAAAAAAGAUUCAGAAUAUGGUAUUCACCCAUUAAAAUUUGAUAACUGGACUAGUUUGGAUACUGAAAUUGGUGGUCUUUCAAUCACAAUAAAUACAGACCCAUUACAAAAGAUAUCUUCAUCGAUGUUAGAGCUUUUAAAUUAUGAAUAUCUUUGCACGGAGCAAAUCUCUUCGAAACUUGUCUCAUUAUAUAUUUUCAUCAAGUGCCCAUCAUUAUUAUCAACUAGUAGUUUACAACAAUUAAAACUGGACAAAGAAUCAGGAUUAAAGGCAAUUGACGAAAUGAUUACAACACUAAAAAAACGUAUAACAAAGAAUUAUGGUUUUAGAUAUUGGGAUUCACAUGAAUCAAAAGAAUACGAAUAUGUCAUUAUGUACACAUUUUGGGUAUUAAAUAUAAUCAGUGAAGUUUCACAAGAAGCAAAAACAUUAGUUAAUAAUUACUGUAAAAGGUAUAUCGAUACCCAAAAAGUUUUCUCUUUCAAAAAAAAACAAUAUAAAAAAGAUGGAAAAGAAAAUUAUCUUAUGUCCAAAGCACUUUUAUGUUUUUUCUAUGGUCAAAUUUACGACACACACCCAAGUAUCGAAUUUAUUGAAACCUUGUUAGAAAAGGGCAAAAAGAAUUUAAAAGAUGAUAAAUUCCACCAAUUAUUCAUUUAUCUUUCACAAUUCCUUCGUUCAAAUCCUUACUAUGAAAGAAUUCACAACUAUAUUAAUAUUACUGGUACAUUGGCUCAUUUGGAUUUCGAUAGCAAUUCAUCAUUCAAUAGAUUUAGUUCAUCAUGUGGCAUUCAAGCAAUCUUGGUUCUCUCCCUUUUGGAGGAUAAGAAAAAAACUCAUUUUUUAAACAAAUUAGUUAAAGGUCUCUCUCACUAUGCAUCAAAAGAUGGUUGGUUCUAUACAACUCAGGAUAAUGCCUUUAAUUUAAUUGCAUGUUACCAAUUCUACUUGGACUACACCAAAGAAUUACCACCAACAACAACUGUAUCUAUUCAAUUAAAUAACCAUUAUAUUGAAAGAGAAGAAAUUAUAUUAUCAAAUCCACAAUUAGACACAAGUGUUGAAGACAACAAAAAGAAAUUUGAAAUAUUUAUUCCCUUAAAACAAAUUUUAAAGAAUCAAUCAAGUAUUAUAAUUGAAAAGAAAACUAGAGGAAAUUUAUUCUAUACCCUAAAUUUCACCUAUGCCAGUUUAAACCCAGUCAGAGAAGCCAUUAACAGUAGAGGCUUUUUUAUUAAAAGAGAAUUUGUGCCAGUAUCAAACAAAGAUGAUGUUAUCCUCCUUCCAAAUAGUAUCAAUAACGAUAAUCAAGAAUUGAAACCAAAUAUUAUAAUUAAAGCAGGUUCAAAAAUUAAAGUUGUAUUAACCAUAAAAGCUGAUGCUGAUUCCACCUUUGUUGCUAUAAAAGAUAGAUUACCAGCAGGUCUAGAACCAAUCAAUUUUACAUAUAACCAAAACUUUUGGACAAGUCAAAUAAACAAUCGUGAAACGGGUGUAGAAUUAUUUAGUGAUUUAUUAUAUAAAGGAACCUAUCACCACCAUUAUUUUGUUAUCGCUACAACACCAGGUUUAUUUAUUUCACCACCAGCCAAAAUCGAAGAAAUGUAUUGUCCAGCCUCAUUUGGAAGAACAAAAACUGACAUUGUUCUUAUUGAAUAA